CCUGGCCCUGCGGCAGGAGCAGCCCCGGCCCGAGGCCGGCUGUUGGCAAGAGGAGGACGUUCUCUCUUCCGGAACGGAAGCAGCGCGCACAGACUGUUUCCGGGGGGCCGGAGGCCGUCGGCGCGCCGCGCCCCGCCCCGCCUCUCGCGCGGCCACGUCUCCGCUAAGCAGCCGAGCCGGGCCGCUGCCGCGGCUUCCUCAGCGUCGGGGUGUCAUGAUAUUACUUGCUUUGAUUUCGAGCCAUUUAUGAGACUUUAAGUCUCCCGAAAAUGGAAAACCUAGUGCUGCCCUUCCCAGGAGCUCUUGACUAUUGGUGAUGGCAGAAACCGAACUUGCCAGCAGCUCGCUUGUAGCCUCCGAGUGUCAGCCCAGCCUGUGUCAUCGUGACCAUGGAUGGUACGCCAGCCAUGCAGGCCGGCCCCCUGGAGGAUGGGUCCAGCGGCGGCACCUCCCCUCACCGCGACGCCAUCCUGACGCCCUCAGGCUCGCUGGCACCGCCUGACCAGUGGGAUGAAGCUCAGUGUGCCAGUGUCGAAGCAAACCGAGCUGCCGAUGGAGGACAAAGCCGGGGCACACCCAGCCAGGGGAACACCUGUGAGAAUGGGCCGACGCCACAGUUCUCAGACCCUCCAGCGGCUCUCGGUCCCACCAAGAGCCCAGUGGGUCCUGAUGCCCCUCCAGGUGUGGCUGGUUUCCAUGACAACCUAAGGAAGUCUCAGGGGACUAGUGCUGAGGGCAGUGUUAGAAAAGAAGCUUUGCAGUCUCUCAGGCUGAGUCUUCCUAUGCAAGAAACUCAACUGUGCUCAACAGAGGCCUCAGUGCCCCUGGAGAAGGAGGAACAGGUCCGACUGCAGGCUCAGAGGCGGCUGGAAGAACAGCUGGCACAGUACAGGGUGAAGCGCCAUCAGGAAAGGUCCAGUCAACCUGCAACUAAAGCAAGACCCUUCAGCACACUUGACCCUGAGCUCAUGUUGAACCCAGAAACCUUACCAAGGGCCAGUGCCGUGGCUAUGACAAAGGAAUACUCCUUCCUGCGUACCAGUGUCCCUCGGGGGCCCAAGGUGGGCAGCUUAGGGCUCCUGGCACAUCCAAAGGAGAGAAAAAGCUCCAGAUACAGCAAGAUUCGGUCUCUGGCUGACUAUAGAACUGAAGACGCAGACGUUGGGAGUUCUGGCGCAAGUGUUCCGGCUGUGGACUCUGCCAGGGGCUCCCUGCAGCAAAACCAAAACAGCGCAGCAUCAGUGGUGUCUGCGGUCAGCCUGUGUCCUGAGGCCGAUGACCGCCUGGAGAAUGCGUCUCUGAUGGGAGACGACGUAUCUGAGGCUGACGGGAAUGAGAGCGACAGCUCCUCGUAUAGCAGCGUGUCCACCAGAGGGGUGGGCGGCCUCCCGGUGAGCACCAUGGGCAUACGUGAAGCCUCCUAUGUGGUUGGUGGCCAGGAGAUUGCCGCCAGCUCCCUGGGCCAGUUCCCGUCCAUCUCGGACGUCCUCCAGGCCGCCGCAGCCGAGCAGCACAAUCGGGCCCGGGAGGCCAAUGGGACGACGCGGAGCCCGGCAGACAGCGUUUGCAGCAGCGUGUCCCUGGAGAGUUCUGUGGCUGAAACGCACGAUGAAAUGUUGCAGGUUCUGAAAGAAAAAAUCAGACUCGAAGGACAGCUAGAGGCCCUGUCACUGGAGGCCAGUCAGGCGCUUAAAGAGAAGGCGGAGCUGCAAGCGCAGCUCGCACAUCUGGACGCCCGGCUGCAGGCACACGUGGAGCAGAGUCACAGCAGCCAGCAGAAGCAAGACUCACUCAGCUCAGAGGUGGACACCUUGAAGCAGUCUUGCUGGGACCUGGAGCGAGCCAUGACCGACCUGCAGAACAUGCUGGAAGCCAAGAAUGCCAGCCUGGCAUCCUCCAACAGCGACCUGCAGGUGGCAGAGGAGCAGUACCGCCGACUGCUGGCCAAAGUGGAGGACAUGCAGGGCAGCAUGCUCAGUAAGGACAACACAGUGCAUGACCUGCGACAGCAGAUGGCGGCCUUACAGAGUCAGCUCCAGCAAGUGCAGCUGGAGCGUGCCACACUGACCAGCAGGCUUCAGGCGUCCCAGGCCGAGAUCUCGUCUCUGCAGAGCGCCCGGCGAUGGUACCAGCAGCAGCUCGCGCUAGCCCAGGAGGCCCGGGUCAGGCUGCAGGGCGAGAUGGCGCACAUCCAGGUUGGACAGAUGACCCAGGCAGGCCUCCUGGAGCACCUGAAGCUCGAGAACGUGUCCCUGUCCCACCAGUUGUCAGAAACGCAGCACAGGUCCAUCAAGGAGAAGGAACGCAUUGCCCUCCAGCUCCAGGGCAUCGAGGCUGACAUGUUGGAUCAGGAAGCUGCCUUUGCUCAGAUUCAAGAGGCGAAGACGAUGGUCGAGGAGGACCUGCAGAGGAGGCUGGAGGAGAUGGAGGGGGAGAGGGAGCAGCUGCAGAAGGUGGCGGCCUCAGCAGCAACGUUGGAGCAGCAGUUAGAUCAGGUGAAGGUGACGUUGCAUCAGCGAGACCAGCAGCUCGAGGCCCUGCAGCAGGAGCAGCUGGACCUUCUGAAGCAGUUCACCGCGGCCCAGGAGGCUCUGCAGAGCAGGGAGCAGUCCCUGGGUGAGCUGCAGGUGCGCUUCGACGAGCUGCAGGCCCGGCUGGAGGAGCUGCAAGGGGAGGCUGCCUGCAGGGACGACACAAUUCGCUUCCUGCAAAACGAGAGGAUUGUCCUGGAGGUGGCUCUGCAGGCAGCCCGGAGCGGCGCAGAGGAGUUUGAGCGAGGAGCCAAACGCCUGGAAGAAGGGGCCGAGCAGACAUCAGGAACAUUGGAGCAGCUGAGACAGGACUUAGCCGUCAAGUCCAGCCAGGUGGAGCACCUGCAGCAAGAGACCGCCACUCUGAAAAAACAGACACAGAAAAUAAAGGAACAGUUUCUUCAACAAAAGGUGAUGGUGGAGGCCUACCGCCGGGAUGCCGCCUCCAAAGACCAGCUCAUUGGCGAGCUGAAGGCCACGAAGAAGAGGCUGGACGCAGAGGUGAAGGAGCUGAGGCGAGGGCUGAUGCAGCUCCAAGGGGACAAAGCGUCCGUGGAGGCGGAGCGGUCCCGCCUGCAGAAGGAGGCAUCCCAGGUCCAGCAGCAGAUGGCAGCCCUCGAAGGCCAGCUUGCAUCGGUGCAGAGGGAGCGUGACGAGAUGGAGACGCACCUGCAGUCUUUGCAGUUCGACAAGGAGCAGACAGCUGCCCUCACCGAGGCCAACGAGGUGCUCAAGAAGCAGAUGGAAGAGCUGCAGCAAGAAGCCACCAGGGCCAUCACCGAGCAGAAGCAGAGGAUGAAGCGGCUGGGCUCAGACCUGAACAGCGCCCAGAAGGAGAUGAGGACCAAACACAAGGCCUACGAGAACGCCGUGGGCAUCCUCAGCCGCCGUCUGCAGGAGGCGCUCGCGGCCCGGGAGUUGGCCGAGGCCGAGCUGAGCCAACUGCGAGCCGGGGCAGCUGAAGGUGGUGGCGACCUCACACUGCGCGUGACAGCAGUAGGCUGGUGGCUAGAGCGGGGUGAGACCUGUCGCUCUCCUGUCAAUAAGGACACCAAUGGGCUAGGACAGCAAGGCCCGGACGAGGCUCCUGCAGCAGCAGAGGGAUGGCGGGAGCCCAGUGGAGGCGAGAGAAUAGAAAACAGCCACUGGGGGAAGCUGGUGCACAGUGUCCAGAUUGAGGAGAGGGUCCAGGCCCUGGAGGUGGAGCUGCAGUCCGUUGGCCAAAGCAAGGCCAGGCUGGAGAAGGAGCUGCAGGAGGUCAUCGCACAGACCAGCCAGGAAGUGCAGGAGCAGCGGGAGAAGGUGCUGGAGCUGCAGGACGAGCUUCAGGAAUCGAGGGGCUUUCACAGAAACAUUAAGCAUCUUGAGGAAUUGAACAAGAAGCUGGCUCUGGAGUUGGAGCACGAGCGCGGGAAGCUGGCAGGCCUUGGACAGUCAAACGCGGCCUUGCGGGAACACAACAGCGUCCUGGAGAUGGCCUUGGCCAAGAGGGAGGCCGGCCUGGUGCAGCUGAACCUGCAGGUGCAGGCGGUCCUGCAGCAGAAAGAGGAGGAGGACCGCCAGACGCGGCAGUUCGUGCAGGCCCUGCAGGCCGCGCUGGAGUCGGAGAAGCUGCUGGUGCACGGCCUCCGGGAACAGGUGGCUGCUACUAAAAUGGAAGCAGGGCAUAACCGCCGCCACUUUAAGGCCGCCGCCUUGGAGCUGAGCGAGGUGAAGAAGGAGCUGCAGGCCAAAGAGCUCCUGGUGCAGAAGCUGCAGGCAGAAGCCGAGGGUCUGCGGGUUCAGGACGGUAAACAUUCCCAGGAAAUAGCAGGGUUCCAGGCGGAGUUGGCCGAAGCCCGGACCCAGCUGCAAAACCUGCAGAAACAGCUGGACGAGCAGCUGAGCCGACAGCCCCUAGGAAACCAGGAGAUGGAAAACCUCAAGUGGGAGGUGGAUCAGAAGGAGCGAGAAAUCCAGUCCUUGAAGCAGCAGCUGGAGCUGACUGAGCAGCAGAGCAGAAAGGAGCUGGGUGCAGUUCAGCAGCUGCUGCAGAACGUCAGGUCGGAGUUGGAGAUGAUGCGGGAGAACCUGUCGGUAACCCAGAAAGACAAAUUCAUGCUUCAGGCUAAAGUGUCGGAGCUGAAGAACAACAUGAAAACUCUGCUCCAGCAAAACCAGCAGCUCAAGCUGGACCUGCGCCGUGGCACCACGAAGACGAGGAGGGAACUGAAGGGCGAGGCUAGCCCUUCCAGCCCCGUGACGCCAGUGAAGGUCCCCGACUGUCCAGUGCCUGCCUGGCUGCUGGAGGAGCUGCUGAGGCCACCCCCUGCCGUGAGCAAGGAGCCCCUCAGGAACCUCAACAGCUGCCUACAGCAACUGAAGCAGGAGAUGGACAGCCUGCAGCGUCAGAUGGAGGCACACACCGUCACCAUGCACGAGUCGCUGUCCUCGUGGACUCAGGGGGACCCUGCUGACAGCUCCGCUGCCUCGGGAGAUGACGCCAAUCCCAGGGGAGACACCGAGCACUGUAGUCCAAGCAGCACGUCCAGAGACGGGCUGGGAGCAGACACUGCUGAGCACCCCCACUCCGAGUGUGUGUAACUGCCCAGGGGACGCUCUCAAGGUCCUCCUUGGUAGCUCUGUGCUCCAUGCUUGCCUACGAGGUGAAACUAAGUUUUGUGUUGCCUUUACAAGGAGUAAAGUAACAAGAGCCACAGGCUAGAGAAACAGCCGUUUGCAGUUCACACCUAGCUUUUCCCACAAAAUGACCAAAUCUUAAAACCUGGUUCAGAUCUUGGUGAGAAUUGUUGGGAGGGGUCUGAGCAUUAUUUGCAGGAGUGACCUCACGAGUGAUGGUGGACAUCGGUCGCCCUGGACACCUGGCCCCAAGCCACCACGUCUGCUUUCUCACCUCCUGUUUCAUUCAGAAGAGCUUUACCUCCCUGCGGCAAUGACACUUUAUUUGCACCUUUGGUUUUUAUUUUACUUUAUUUUCAGUAGCUGUCUCACCAUAGGAUGUAUAUGUAAAUACCAGGAAUCGUAAGUAUAUGCUGACAUUAUUUAAGAACGACCUGAAUGGUGUUUUCAUUGAUUGCCUUUUGAAAAUCUGCUGUGAGGAAAUAAUGUACAUGUAGGUUUAAGGGAUGUCAGUCUGAAAAUUAUAUUUUAAGAAAUAUAAUUAUUUUAUUUACCUUCUAAAACCAAAUAUUGUUAGACAAAGGGCGUUCUUUGUUUUCAUUUCACUUUAUUUUUGAGGGUCUUUUCCUUGUCAUAAGUGCACAACGCUCACCCGUCUGACCCCGACCCUGCUUGGCCUAAGCCUGACCAACCACGGGCAGGCCUCACGUCCCCAGGCGCUGAACUGACAUGUGAGGCGCACAGGAAGAGGCCGGAGGCCAGGAGGGCAGGUGCCUGCAGGCCCCACCCCGCCAGCAUGGCUUCUGGACCUCACUCCUCUGUGCCCUGAGUAAACAUGUCCCCCAGGGCCUGUGGUCAUCACGAGGCUAGCUGGACUCAGUGGUGACAGCCUCUAGGGGGCUAGAGGGUCUUUCACCCCAUCUGGAGAGGCAGGUGGGCCUGCGAGGAAGGCGGCUGAGGUGCUCAAGUUCCCAGCGCGUGACAUCCGCCCUGAGUGUGCAAGGUCAACAGGUUUACGUUUCUCACCCAAAAUGCUUAAGCACCACAGACACUGACUGGGAGACUCGGGGUGUGUAAGUUGUCUCCCUAGUUUGUUAAGAAAGUCUAAAAUACUAUUUAUUGUUGUAAGUUGAGAAGAGACAAUGGGUCCCUGUGCCUCCAUGAGCUCUGGUCUGAAGGUGAUGGUGUGAAGUGGCCUGGACCAGACACACUCGAGUUGGUGUGUCAUUAUUGUCUGUGUGGAGAAGGCAGGAUGGUAUGUUCUCCUGUAAUAGCUGUUAGAAGUUAAUUGAUAAAGUUAAUGUAGUUUUAACCACAAAGACGUUUAGUGUUUAAAAAUGACUCCCGCGCAAGUAUUGGAACUUCUAAAACAUGUGUCGUUGUACAGGGUUAAUCUUAAAGUAAUACUUGAAAACUUCAUUAUAACUGCCUACUUUUCAACUUACACUGCAAACCAUUUUUGACAAAAUUGUUUUUGUACCAUUGGAAAAGAAAUAGUAAUUUACUUUGCUGCAUCACCCUUAACCCAAGAAAUGGCAUUCAGCCUCCUGCCACCACCGAAGUCCUGCCCAUGGGUAUCUUCACUGUUGUCUUCCCUCUUAGGAAAGGGUUCACUAACUGAGUAGGUUCCUCGGGUGGAAGCCAGUCUCGGUUCCUCAUCUGUGUUCCUUUGCCUGGUUCCCUCCCUGUGCAUGUGCACGCAUCGCCCCGUCACCUCCGUCCUCAGUUUCCAGCUCUCAGUUCAACAGACACCUGGCCUGUCUUUGGACUGAGCUCUCGGCGCUCUUCCCCCCAACCCCUCCCCCAUGUCGUGUGUGUCCACCGGUCCCAUCUGGGGCCACUGGUGUUCACCCUGGCACCACCUGUAGGCUUCCUUAACAAGUCACCCGAAACAGGAAGUGGGACUUAGACCUCACCCGCUUUUGGUUUGUUGAGGGCUUUUGUGUGCCUGUGUUUGUUUCCUCCUGUCUCCAGGGGACUUCACUGGCACUCUACCUCCCAGAACUGGAUUCUUCAGUGAAUAAUGUGUGAAAUUCUCUUCUAUUAUGGGCAGAGUGGAAUUAAGAAUUUAGUCAUGAAUGGCCUGCCGAGUGGCUCAGUUGGUUAAGAGCUCACUCGAGUGUGAGCUCUGAGCAACAGCAGUUCGAUGCCCGGCCCAAGCUGAGCUGCCAGGACUCUCAGCUGAGGUGGCAGGAUGGCUCAGCUAAAAAAAAAAGAGAAAAUUUAGUCAUGAAAAACAAUAGUCAAGUCUGGAGUUUGUAAAAGCAGGUUCACCAUCGCGGUAUGCUGUGUAUCUGACUCAUCCUGUGUGAAAACACUGUGUAUCAUGUCCUCACUGCAGAGAAUCUUGGCUUGGGCUCCUUAUGAUGUCACUACUUGUUUUUCUUAUGUUGCAAAAAAGCCCUCCUGCAGCGUGGCUACCACUGGUUUCCCACAGCACGCAUCAGACCAACGGUACGUGUCCUACAGGUCCCCAUGCCUUGUUCUACCGCUCAGAAGGCCUAACGAGCGGUGUCAUCACCAGGAUGUGCUCCAGGCUCUGCCUUGGCCUGGGGCCCAGGUAGUGGGGCAGCCGUGGGGAGCCCAUCCGGGCCUCCAGCAUUAGGGAGAGUCCCCCUAAAGCUCUCUCCAUGUGAGGACUUUUCCUGGUAUGGGACUACAAAGUCACCGUGACAUGUAUUUCUACUUCAUGGGUAUUUUUUUUAACAAAAAUUAAAUGUGGUGUGUAAAGAUUUCUAGUAGUGAGAGGGACCACCGUAUCUGAAGCGAAAUGUCCUGGAGUCUUCUUCAAGGACCCUGUGACAUGAAUAGCUCUGGGAUAUGUGACACACUCAGAGCCUUAUUCACACAAGCUCAACGAGUCCACAUCCCAGGUGAAUCUCGCUGUAUGAUGGUCUCAGGUUACAACAGGAUCCUUGAAGGUGCUGUUUUAGAGGGUCUAGAAAACUCGGUGGUUUUAAGUUAUUCAUUUCUGCUAAUAAUGUCCUCGUAAAAGGGAGUCCCCCAUUUGGGGCUGUUCAGGGGAAAGGUGUCACCAUGCACAAUGAGUUGUAACUUUAAAAAGCAUGUUGAUUUUUUUAUAAAUUUAAGCGUGCUUGGGAAGUCUUUAAAUUUUGUGCAAUAAACUAUUUUUUGUUAAAGA